AUGGCAGACUCCCAAACCCACCGCCAGCUGCACCUCACGGCUUUCAUGAGGCCGGUCUCGUUGCAUACAGGUGCAUGGCGAUACCCAGGCUCAUAUCCCGAUGCCAACUUCAAUUUCAAACACAUCACUCACUUCGCUCAAAAGCUCGAGGCUGCCAAGUUUGACGCUUUCUUCAUGGCCGACCACCUGGCCGUGUUGAAUAUGCCCGUGGAAGCUUUGAAGCGCAGUCAUACCGUUACUUCUUUUGAGCCUUUCACGUUGCUCUCCGCUCUGUCUGCUGUGACAGAGAAAAUUGGCCUCGCUGCAACCGCAAGCACGACAUAUGACGCGCCGUAUCAUGUUGCUCGGCGGUUUGCCAGUUUGGAUCAUCUGAGUGGCGGCCGAGCAGCAUGGAAUAUUGUGACUACGGGAAAUCCGGAGUCGAGUCAUAAUUUCGGCUUUGAUGAGCAUCUGGCCCAUGGCGAUCGGUACAAACGUGCCCGUGAAUUCUACGAUGUUGUCACGGGACUAUGGGAUAGUUUUGCCGAUGAUGCUUUCACUCGUGAUAUCGAGACGGGAGAGUAUCUUGACCCCGCAAAGAUGCACGUGUUGAACCAUGUCGGUGACGACCUGAAGGUCCGUGGACCAUUGAAUAUCGCUAGGCCACCGCAGGGAUGGCCCGUUAUUGUACAGGCCGGACAAAGCGAGCCUGGGCGACAGCUGGCUGCUGAGACUGCCGAGGUGGUGUUUUGCAGUCCCAGGGAUAUUGAUGGCGCGAAGGCACUCUAUGCGGAUAUCAAGGGGCGGGUGGAGAAGGCGGGACGAAAGAGAGAUCAGUUGAAGAUCUUACCUGCGGCGAUGAUUAUUGUUGGAGAUAGUAAGGAAGACGCGCAGCGGAAGAGACUCAAGUUGGACAGUCUCGUGCAUUAUGACAGUGCCAUUGCUUCUUUGUCAAUCAUGCUCGGGACGGAUGUCAGUAACCUCGACCCGGAUAGUCUGUUGCCGGAUGAUCUACCAGAGACAAAUGCGAGCAAGACAGCCAGAGAGGCGGUCGAAAACCUGGCAAGAGAGGAAGGACUGACGAUUCGCCAACUCGCGCAACGCUAUGGUGGAUACUCGGGGCUGGCAUUCCUCGGUUCGCCAAGUGAUAUUGCUGACGAGAUGGAGAUCUGGCUGCGUGAAGAGGCCUCGGAUGGCUUUACCUGUACAUUCCCGUUCUUGCCACAGGGUUUGGAGGAGGUGACCGACAGAUUGAUUCCAGAACUGCAGCGAAGAGGCCUAUUCCGCAAAGAGUACACGGGCUCAACACUGCGUGAACACUUUGGCCUGCCGAGACCUGAGAAUCGAUUCUUUAGUGAGGCAUCUUAA